AUGCUGAGACAAAUGCAUCUGCGUUGGAACGGCCACAUGGUGCGCAUGACCGACGAGCGACUACCCAAACGACUCUUCUACGGAGACAGCACCACGGGUUCUUGUCGCCGAGGAGGCCAAAAUCAUCGAUACAGGGAGACUCUAAAUUCCUACCUGAAGCGUCUGCAAAUUAACCCGACCAACUGGGAAGAGCUCGCCCUCAACCGACCGACCUGGAGGAGGAAAGUGAAGACAGACGCUGCGAUCUAUGAGACCAACAGCAUCGCCGCUGCCAAGUGA